GAUGCGUCCAGUCCAUACGGAUUAAAAUAAAACCUCCAGUGUAAACAUUUGUAAAUACUUAUCACUGUUGCUAACACAGAGAAGCGACAUGGAUCUAGCAGCCAAACAUGGCCUGGUGCUGCUUAACCAGCUGAGGAACAUGAGAGAGUCUGAGCAUUUGACCGAUGUGGUGUUGGUUGCUGAGGGCAUCAGUUUCCCCUGUCACAGGGUUGUUUUAUCUGCCUUCAGCCCAUACUUUCGAGUUAUGUUCACGUGUGGCCUGCGUGAAUGCAACAACAGACAAAUAUUCCUGCAUGACACCCCCGCAGACAGCCUGGCUCUUCUGCUAAACUACAUAUACUGUUCCGAUCUUCCUCUCACCAACUCCAAUGUGCAAGGAAUCUCCAUUGCAGCCUUUCUGUUGCAGAUGGAUGAAGUUGUCACUCGCUGUCAGCAGUACAUGAUGGAGAACAUGGAUGCCUCCAACUGCCUUGGAGUCUAUUAUUUUGCCCGUGACCUUGGUGUAGAAGAUCUGGCUGACCAUGCUCAGCGCUUCCUGCGGCAGAAUUUUGUUCAAGUCUGUCAAAAUGAAGAGGUGCUAGAGCUCGAGGCCCAUCAGCUAGGAAAGCUCAUAACAUCUGAUGACCUCAAUGUUUCACGAGAGGAGACCAUUUUAGAUAUAGUCCUCCGCUGGGUCAAACACAGCACUCUGGUGGAUGGAGAGCUACGUAUAAGGCAUCUCCCAGAGCUUUUGAGGAAAGUCCGUUUGCCACUGAUAAGCUCUGACUAUUUAAAAGAGACGAUGAAGAGAAACACUGUCCUGCUAGCCGAUGCUGAAUGUCUGGAGAUGCUGAAUGAAGCUUUGCAGAUCACAGAGAUGCACCCAUCAGCUGCACCACGUAAACUAAAACUGCGUUAUGGCAUGGAGACCACAGAUCUGCUGCUCUGUAUUGGUAAUGACGGUGGUGGAAUCAGGUCACGAUAUGGCAACUAUGCAGAGCACAGUUUUUGCUAUUCUCCAUGCACAGGCCGCACCUACUACAUUACUUCACCUCGGUAUGGACAAGCUCUGGGGUACGUGUGUGCUGGUGUUGUAACUGAAGGAAAUGACAUUAUAGUGUCAGGAGAAGCAAGUGCGCGCAGAAUGGCCCGACAAAGAACAUGAAUUAUGCCUCUGGAUAUUGUAUUCACCAGGUACAAAGUAGAGUCUCAAGGCUCCUGGGAACACCUGACACCAGCAGAAUACAGAGAUUCUUACGCACUGGGAUCGGUGGGGGACACUCUGUACUUGCUGGGUGGACUUAUGAAGCUGAAGAACCAUUAUCUCAUCACUAACUCUGUGGAGCGAUUGUCUUUACAAGGCGGACCCUGGCGAACAGCAGCACCCCUCCCUAUGCCUUUAGCCUAUCAUAACGUGAUCAGACUGAAUGAUCGCCUGUACGUGAUAGGGGGGCGAACCCCACAGUCAUAUCGAGUGGACGAUGAGCCUGACCGUCUUAGCAACCGUCUUCUGGAGUAUGAUCCUACCACAAAUAGGUGGACAGAACUUGGGCCCAUGAAGUACUCGAAAUACCGCUGCAGUGCUGUGGUACUCAAUGGUGAAAUUUUUGUGAUGGGAGGCAUUGGCUGUGAAGGAGUGGAUCGUGGACAAUCACGUCACUGUCUUGACGCUGUGGAGAUUUACAAUCCAGAUGGAGAUUAUUGGAGGGAUGGACCCCCACUCCCAUGUGCACAACUGUCACUGCGCACCAAUGCUUCAAAUGCAGGCGUAGUGGGAGGAAAGCUUUAUGUUUGUGGAUACUACAAAGGAGCAGAUCGCCAUGAUGAUAUAACAAAGGACAUUUUGGAGCUGGACCCAUGGGAGAACCGGUGGACUGUUGUGUCUCGUCAUGCUCUAAUGCAUGACAACUAUGAUGUUUGCUUGGUGGCAAAACUCAACCCACGUGGACUAAUGUCACCACCUGCAGACUUAGUCAUCCUGUAAUCAAAUUAGUUUGAGAAAAAACAUGAACCAAAAACAUGCUUCAUGCAUUUAAAGCUGGGCCAAAAUCUUAGGUACGGUACGGUACCUUUAAAAAAAUGUGAUGGCUUUGUUAAAUCAAGAACAAAAAUUAUCUGUAAAUACAGUGUUCUUGAUUUAUCUUUUUGUGUAAAUGCUGCAGCAGUUUUAUAUCUGAAUCCUGCAGCUGUGUGACACGUGUGUGAUACCAGGAAACAAUUUGUACGAACAAAGAAAAAGUUGGUGACUGAAUCAAAAGAUGACAUAACCACAAUGGUAAUAAUAAUAAAAAGCAACCAUCUUUACAUCGAGCAGACAGACUGCAGCUGUAUCAUAACUAAAAUGUAAAUUUGGCACUUAAUAGUUGUAUGAUUGUGAAAAUAAGCAUUAAAAAUCUUUUGCUAAUAUUCAUGCACAUUCAAUAAAUGUUGAAUAUUCUAUUGUGGACUUU